GAUGAAAAACCAAACAUUAACAUUCUCAUGGUGACAAUGUCCUUACAAGGUCACAUCAACCCCAUGUUAAACUUCGCGAAACGCCUCAUUUCAAAGGGUGUCCAUGUCACGAUCGCCACUACAGAAGACGGUCGUAGCAGCAUGCUAAAAAACAAAGACGCAAAUUCCUCAGAAAUCAAACUUGAGUUCUUUUCUGAUGGUCUCAGCAUUGACUUUGACCGUUCCGAUACAAAAACUUUACUCAACACCAUUCAAGAAAAGGGUAGAAAAAACCUUUCCAAUCUCAUUACCAACCUCACCAAAAAUCAAACCUUUUCAUGUGCAAUUGUCAAUCCCUUUGUUCCUUGGGCUAUUGAUGUUAUUGCUGAACAUGAAAUCCCUUGUGCAUUGCUUUGGAUACAAGCUUCAGCGUGUUAUUCAAUUUAUUAUCGUUACUUUAAGAACAUCGAUUCUUUCCCUAAAUUCGAUGAUCCUAAUGAGAAGGUGGAGUUACCUGGGCUACCAUUGUUAGAGGUAAGAGAUCUUCCUUCAUUUAUACUUCCUUCUUAUCCUCUUCAUUUCAAAGAAUUAUUAGCUGAUUUAUACAAGGCUUUGGAUAAAGUGAAAUGGGUUUUAGGUGCUUCAUUUUAUGAAAUUGAAGAAGAAAUAGUGAAAUCAAUGGAUUCACUAACUCCAAUUUAUCCUAUUGGACCAUUGGUUCCACCUUUUCUAUUAGGAGAAAAGGAAAUAAGUGAUGUUAAUGUUGAUUUGUGGAAUGCUGAAGAUUCGUGCCUAGAGUGGCUUGAUAAUAAACCAGAUUCAUCAGUUAUUUAUAUAUCAUUUGGUAGUUUAGUUGUAUUGUCAAAAAAACAAAUGAAUAAUAUAGCUAUAACUUUGAAGAAUAGCAACAAGAAUUUUUUGUGGGUUGUUAAGCCAGCAAAUAAUGGAGGAUAUGAAAAAGAGGAUGCAGCUUAUGAAUUACCAGAAGAGUUUUUGAAAGAAACUGAAGGGAGAGGUUUAGUUGUGAAAUGGUGUGCACAACAAAAGGUGUUAAUGCACCCUGCUGUUGCUUGUUUUAUAAGUCAUUGCGGUUGGAACUCGACACUCGAGACACUGGUAAAUGGUGUGCCUGUUAUUGGUUGGCCUUCUUGGACUGAUCAACCAACAAAUGCUAAGCUUAUUGAGAAUGUGUUUAAGAAUGGGGUGAAAGUGAAGUAUGGGGAAGAUGGGGUUGCUAGUGUAGAAGAGAUUGAAAGGUGUAUUAGGGAUGUUAUGGAAGGGCCUAAUGCUGCUGAGAUUAAGAAGAAGGCUAUGGAAAUUAAAGAGUCAGCAAGAAAAGCUUUGGAGGAAGGUGGUAAUUCUAGUAAGAAUUUGAAUCAGUUUAUCAGUGAAAUCAAUGGACUCACACAACAAGAAGUACAAUGA